AUGGCUGCCGUCGCACCUCUAGACCCCGCCGGCGUCGCCGGAUUCACUACUGCUCGUGACGAGGGAAGCAACGAUUUUAGGGUGGACGCGAUGAACACGAUGCGCGGCGCGAUGCACGGCGUGACGCACGGCACCAAGCAGACUGUUUUGGCGCCGCAUCGUUUUGACAAUCUGGCCAGGGUCCUCCGCCCUAUCCCUCUCCGCCGCCUCCCCCUCUCGCUCACUCACGGCCUGUCCCUGCCAGCAACGCCACUCACAGCAGCCGCAUCAUCACCAACAGCAGCAGCAGCGGCAGCGCCUCUAGACCUCGCCCUGUCUCUCAACAUCCCCUCGCCGUCCGCCCUCUCUUCCCCCCUCCCGUCCGCCCUCUCCUCCUCCUCUUCCGCACCUCAGCUGCGCCUGCUCUGCAUCCCUUCCCCACUUCCUCGCGCCUCUGCUUCCGCAGCGGCAUCCGCGGGGGCAACGGCGGAGGAUGCGGCGGCGGCGGAAGCGGCGGCAGCGGCGACGGCGGCGGCGGCGGAAGCGAGCUCGAGCCUCGCCUUAUCCCUCUCACUGUCCGACGACCGUCCGAUUCGAAUAGCGAGCGCGGCAGCAGACGCUACUACCAGUACCACAGCCAGUGGCGGCUCGGCGAUCGCGUUGUCGCUUGGUCUGGGGGUUAAUACGGGCGAGAAGCGAAGACGGGCCACGUCGGAUUCGAUCCGCGAUGACGAUGUUACCCGGUGCGGUUGGCAACUCCCAGGUUUGACGAGGAUGUCUAUAUCGGGGAAUGAUGACGUCAUAACGAUGACGGAGCGGAGCAGGGACAGUCCAGUGGGGACGGCGAAUCCGCUGGUGGCUGUCAGAGGCAGUGGCGCGUGGACCAAGUGGAGUGUGACUCAGCAUGACGUGUUUCGGUGCGAUGCUGACGUGGCUGGCUGUGGCGCACACAGAGGCUGCGGCAUGCUGAUGCCGCAGCUGAGAUCGACCGGCGAAUCAGGAGAAGGCGAAGGAGUUGGGAAUAUGCGAUUCGAGAUCGCAGAACGGCCACAAGUGACGCUGGCGCUAUUGGGUGAAGGAGACUGGUCGAAGCGGAGACGGGUGGAGGCGCCGACGUGUCAUCAGGGUGAGGAAGCGCGUUCAAGUUAUGACUUUUGGAGAAACGAGCUACUUGUUGUCGAAGAGCGUCUUAACGAGUCUCUUAGUAGUGGGGAACUUUCCGGGCCGCAUCAUUUCAAGUCGAAUUCUGUGGUCAGCGAGAGCGGCUCGAGCCGCUCACCCGACUCGCCACGCGAGCCGCUUGUCCUGUUCGGAAAACCGUUAAAUGCAACGGACGAGACGGGCCAUGCUAUGGGUGCCACAACAACCGACGCCGCUGCAUCUCCUGCGCGGGAUCCUCCGUCCUCUCCUGACGUGGCAGCGGACGUGAGCGACGCUGAGGUGGCAGUUGACGUGUCAACGAGGGAGAGCGAGCCGGCCGCGCCAGAUGCGGCUGUUCUAGAUUUCCCAGCAACACCUGAAUCAACGGCUGGAGCAGCAGGAGCAGCAGCAGCCGAGGAGAAUCGCGCCAUUGAUCUUCGAACCAGCUCGAAUCCGCGCGUCGGCAGCGCCUCCGGUGGCGGCGCAGAGCGCGGGAUCGGAAAGCUGGGGCGGCGCUUCCGCGGGAUCCGCCAGCGCCUGUGGGGGCGGUGGGCGGCAGAGGUGCGCGACCCGUUCGCGCGGCGUCGCCUGUGGCUGGGGAGCUUCGACUCCGCGGAGGAGGCCGCGCGCGCGUACGACGUCGCGACGCGGCGAUUAAGAGGCCCCUGGGCUAAGACUAACUUCCCGCUGGACCCACGCGACCCGGAGGAUAAGGAGCAGCUGGCGCGCAUGGCGGUGGCGGUGGCGGCGUGCGCCAAAGGGCGGUACCGCACGAAGCUGGCGGCGUGGCAGAAGCUGUGCGGACCGGAGGAGGUGGCGGGGGUGGUGGUGGCGGGCGGAGACGCGGAAGAGCGCGCGGAGGUGGGGGGGGACGCGGAAGGGGAGUUGGAGGGGGAAGUGGAAGAAGGGAGAGCGGAAGAGGGGGGAAUGGCGGGGGAAGAAGCGGGGGAGGAGAACGUUGGUGGCGCGGUGGUGGCGGACGGGGGGAAGGCGGAAGGCGGGGGCAGAGUGAGCAAAGGGAAGACUGAGAACGAGCGGGAGGAGGAGGAACAGGAGGACAUUGGUGGUGGUGAUGAUGGCACCAUAAGGAGUAGCACCAGCAGCACCACCAGCACCAGCACACGUGAAAUGGCUGACGUGGAUGUCAUGAAAGCAACGCCUGAGCAGCAGCAGCAGCAGCAGCAGCAGCAGCAGCAGCAGCAGCAGCAGCAGCAGCAGCAGCAGCAGCAGCAGCAGCAGCAGCAGCAGCAGCAGCAGCAGCAGCAGCAGCAGCAGCAGCAGCAGCAGCAGCAGCAGCAGCAGCAGCAGCAGCAGCAGCAGCAGCAGCAGCAGCAGCAGCAGCAGCAGCAACAGCAGCAGCAACAACACCAGCGGCAGCACCAGCAAUACACAGUCCCCCACAGUCUGCCUCACCACCACAUGCCCUUUCCUCACCCUCCUCCACCAUCAGCCUGUCAUUCUCCGACACCUGGCAUCACCGCCAGCUUUUCCACCUCCUGCGGUCACUAUGACUGGAACACCCUUACCUGCUCCCCAUCCUCCCCCUCCUCCGUUUCCCAUGCCUGCAGCAGGGUUGUCGCCCUACCCACCCACCUCCUACGGCCAGCAUAG